CCAUUAGUCCUUGCAUGGUGAAUGACCUAAGCCAGAGAGCCACUACAUUUUCCUACAGAAAGAGAAAGGGGGAAAUUAACAACCACCUUUCUUUACCUGUCACUGUAUGUUUGCCAGGGCGUGGGUGUGGUGGUGUUGCCAUUGUUUUUUAUCGGCAACAAUAAUUUCAUAUAAACUUGACAAAGGGUAAACCGAGGGUGCGGUGGUGUUGCCAUUGUUGGUCGUCGAUCGUCCAGUAAAUUAUUCUGUAUAUAGACUAAAACUGAAAGAAAGGGGAAUGGAUCGAACAACCAUGAACGAGAAGGCUUCGGUAACUAAGGAGCUCAACGCCAAGCACGCCAGAAUCUUGGAGGGUCUCGUUAAGCUACCGGAGAAUCGAGAAUGUGCAGAUUGUCGGAGCAAGGGCCCGAGAUGGGCGAGCGUUAACCUGGGAAUAUUCAUAUGCAUGCAAUGUUCAGGAAUCCAUCGGAGCCUCGGAGUUCAUAUCUCUAAGGUACGCUCGACGACUCUGGACACUUGGUUGCCGGAGCAGGUUGCUUUCAUGCAAUCCAUGGGUAACGAAAAGGCCAACGGUUAUUGGGAAGCAGAUCUGCCAACCAACUACGACAGGACGGCCAGGAUAGAGGCAUACAUUCGUGAGAAGUAUCAGGAGAAGAAAUGGGUCCCGAAGAAAGCAGCAACGCAACCAAUCCCUAUACAAGGAGAAAACACUAGCUUUAAAUUCGAAAAUUCUGGUGACGGUGGACCCAAGAGUUGCGUUCCGAAGAAUAAAACGAGGAAAUUCUCUCUCGAUGACGAGAUUCUCUCCAAGUAUGUGGCACAGGUAUCUCCCACGCCAAGACCUCGGGCGGGUUCUUUAGAUAAGAUGGACACGGUUCUGACUUCGUCUCCGGUAGGGCUGGUUUCUAAGCACAAUAAUUCUGCACCGAAGGGUAGUAAUGGUAACACGGAUCUCUUCAGCUUGCUCUAUGCCCAAGACGCGAAGUCGGGUCCUUCUUCGACUGUCCCUUCUCGGUGGGCGACGUUCGAGUGAGGAAAUCCAGAGAUUCGAGUACCCAGAGAUAUAUAUACAGUAUCCAAGAAUUUUCUCUCGCUGGAGUAAAACUUGCAGCUAAAAGGGUGGGAAUGGAGACCAAGGUCCAGGGUUCAAUUCUGGCGCGUCUACUGGCGUCGGAAUGGGAAGAUGGUCCAACUGGUGUUCAUAUGCAUGGCACUUGUGGGGCUAGCCAUUGGCUGAGGCAAUUUGUAUUUAGCAGAGGCACCGAAUUACAUGUGUUUUUACAUUGAUAAACAACAAUCGUAUUUUGUAAGUAUAAUAAUACUGCAUAUGUGUUGCCGCCAUCGAUAGCUAAUUGGAAUAUAUUUAGGUUGUUAAAAACGAGCGGGGAUACUGGAUUGAACCCAUCUUUCGAAAAAUAA